AUGGAGAAACCUGUAACCCGAAAGAGCAAAAAGGUUCACAAUCACAUACCUGAUGAUGCUUCACUCUCCAUUCUAUCAAAACUAUCUAUAAAAUCUCUCAAGAGAUUUGAAUGUGUAUGUAAACAAUGGUCAAUCUUAUUCGAAAACCCUUACUUCAUGAAUACCUAUCGUAAUCAUAUCAUACAUACAAAUCAUUCUCAUUAUGAUUAUCAUGAUCAUCAUGCAUCUCUCAUCUUACGCCAUAUUGUGGAAGCUAUUCCACGAUUGGAGGUUUAUUUGUAUUUGGUUUCCGGUGAGAGGUUUGAGAACAGGCUCAAGUUAGAUGCAUCACUUCCAUCUAAAGAGUUAGGCCAAGACAUUAUAAUUGUGGGUUCUGCUAGUAUCAAUGGCAUUUUUUGUGUAACCAGUAUGGAAGUGGAAGAGAAAAAAAUUGUAUUGUGGAAUCCUCUCACCCAAGAAAUGAAGGUUAUUCCUCCUAGUCCUAUAGUGUCUAUUGCACCGGCUAAAUAUUUUGCACCGCAAAUUCAUGGAUUUGGUUAUGACUGUGUUAGCGAUGACUAUAAGGUGAUUCGAUAUGUACGGUUUGAUCAAAGAAGUGUUAUGGCUACUUUUGAUAUUGGUUUGCCGGAUGAAGCUUGGUCCUGGAAUGAGAGAGGUUACGACCCUUUUUGGGAGAUUUAUAGCUUAAGAAGCAACUCGUGGAAGAAACUCGAUAUUAAAAUGAAUGUGUUGAGGGUCUGUUUUGCUGAUGCAGAAAUUGUCCGAUUUUACAUGGAUGGAAUGUGUCACUGGUGGACUAAAAGAGAAUCAGUUAAUAAAUGUAGAGAUAAAGUAUAUUUAGUGUCGUUUGAUGUCAGUAAUGAGGUGAGUUUUACAACACCCAUGCCUGAUGAUAAUUUUGCUCUUGGAUUGGUGGAGAGUCACUUGGUGAUGUUAAAUGGUUACGUUGCUUUGAUCUCAUACUAUAUAGAUACAGCUAGUUUUCACAUAUCGGUUUUGGGUGAAAUUGGUGUGAAGGAAUCGUGGAGUAAACUCUUUAUUGCUGGACCAUUGUCUAAUGUAGAGCGUCCUAUUGGAGCAGGGAAGAAAGGCAAUAUAUUUUUUAAAAGAGAUAGGGAACUGGUUUGCUUUGAUUUGGGUACCGGAAUGAUUGAUGAACUUGGUGUCGAAGGAGAUAUGUGUCAGAUGGUAAUUUAUAAGGAAAGUUUUCUUUCCAUUAGAGGAAUAUCUAAUUGAUUACCUUUCUUGUUUUGAUCC